AUGGAUCACAUAGUCGCGGCUUUGUCUCGCAGGAAAAUGUUCUCCACCUCGAAAAUCUGCAUCGCCGGUCUCAUCUUGUUCAUCUACCUCCUCUACAUCAUGCUAUCUUCCGAACACCCGAAAAUCACGCCUCAAAAAAACCUGAGCAUGAGCGGAAAACACCCCAGAAACGUUCAAAAGACCUCGGCAUCUUUCAUCAUCCCAGCAUCCGAUGAAUACGCCACAACCAACAGGAAAGGCAAAAAAGACAAAAACAACAACACUGAUGCUGCUGAAGGCAAUAGUCGGCGGGUGUUGAUUGUUGGCGCCGGAUUAAGCGGAGCUGUGCCCGUGAAUAUCAAGACCGUGAAUGCAGUUUUCAAUUUGACAAUCGAAACUGAAACUCAAAUGAAAGAUUGGUUGAAGAAGCAUCAAAUCACUCCUCCGUCCGGAAAGGCAACAAACAGCGAGGAAACAGCAAAAUCUAGAGUUGGAGAACGACUAUACGAACUUCUUUUCAAAGACUACACGAAGAAGCAAUGGGACAAAUAUCCAGCGGAACUCAAGCCUUCCGUUUUGGAGCGGAUCCCGGUGAGAUCCAACGCAGACGGCAGGUAUUUCCACGACACGCACCAAGCAUUGCCUUCAAGGGGUUACACGAGGAUUUUCAAGCGAAUGCUUGACACUCCUGCCAUCACAGUGAAGCUGAAUACCGAGUUUUUCACGUCCAGGAAACGCGGAACUUUGGGUGCUCACGAUUACCUCUUUUUCACUGGGCCGAUUGAUCGGUACUUUGAGUCCUCGGGUCUUCCAGCAUUGGAGUACCGCAGCUUGGAGUUUCACAGAGAAGUUUUCAACACAACCAACGGGGGUUACACGAGGAUUUUCAAGCGAAUGCUUGACACUCCUGCCAUCACAGUGAAGCUGAAUACCGAGUUUUUCACGUCCAGGAAACGAGGAACUUUGGGUGCUCACGAUUACCUCUUUUUCACUGGGCCGAUUGAUCGGUACUUUGAGUCCUCGGGUCUUCCAGCAUUGGAGUACCGCAGCUUGGAGUUUCACAGAGAAGUUUUCAACACAACCAACGGGUUUGUUAAUUAA